UCCGUCAGUCAGUCGAUUGCAAGCUUUUGUGCGGGAAACAACGCAACGCGUCGGUGCCCACGUUGUCGUCGGUUCGAUAUAUUUUGAACGAAAAUAAAGUGCAACAUUUUCAGGUUCGUCAAAAAAAAAAAAAAACGGUCGGGAAUCAAAUCGCGAACAAAAGUCGCGGGUUACACCACCGGAAAGGUCAAUUUAUGGGAGAAGCCGGCCGCGAGCAAUUCCAGAUCGAGCAAAAGGGUUCGCAAAGCACGUGCCAGUCUUGACGGCGGAAACGGUCGAGAAGAAGCGCCCGGAAGAGAAGAAGAAAGUCGUCACCUGAGAAGCCGGAAGAACUGUUACUGGCGACGUUCGUCAUGAAUAUGCUGCGGUGGGGUACUUCCAAGAAUUUGACCCGCUUUCUGCUGAUCCUGCUGAGUGGGGUGCUGACGCUGCUCACGACGGCCAAAGCGAAACCGACGCUCAGCUUCGAACUGUCGAAGAUUCCGGGCUUUACGCAGAUCGUAGAACGGAGGCUGCAGGAUGCGAUGAAGAGUUACAGUCAACGACGCCUUGAUACAGCGUCUUUGCGGAUGGUCUAUUUCCACGAUCAGACAGUGGCCGUCGUCGAGCUGGGACCGGAGAAGAAACUGAUCGGAUGCGAGCUGAUUGAAAUCUACAAAGACUCCGAAGGCCACGAACUGCUGCGGAAUCUUUCCUCCGUCAACCGACCGUUGGAGAUUUCGUUCCGGGACAUGAUCAAACUGAUGGACCAGUGCGAACAGGUGGACCGGAUCAACGCCAAGAACAAUCAACGCGCUACUUCGUCACCUCCGCAGUCCAAGACGCUGGACAACGUCGGCUACCGGUUGAAUGACGAUGCCGACGAUGAUGGCGACUCGGUGGAUGCCACCACUAGCAGCUCGAUCAGCAUAUUCCAACUGCUGACCAAUGGCGGUGGCACGGGCCAGGGCAUCAGCAAGCGAGGAAUCUUCAACACGAGUCCGUUCUCGCUGUUCAGCGGUAUCAUACCGGGGACGAAGUGGUGCGGAACUGGGGACAUUGCCGACACCUACCACGACCUGGGCGAAGACGCCACCAUGGAUCGGUGCUGCCGGACGCACGAUCUCUGCCCGAUGAAGGUCCGAGCGUACCAGAAGCGGUACAAUCUCAGCAAUAAUUCUAUCUACACGAAAUCUCACUGCAAGUGUGACGAUAUGCUGUUCGAAUGUCUCAAGAAGACCAACACCUCGGCGGCACAGGUCAUGGGUUCCAUUUACUUCAACCUGGUGCAGGUGCCCUGCGUUGAGGAGACUCCCAAGGGAAUGAAUUUCCGGAAGGCGCGCGAAGGCUUCUGAUUCCGAGGGUGGAAGCAAACCAAAACUCAAGUGCCUACUAGAUGGACAGGGUUGGCAACCCUGUCUUCGUCCGAACAAAUGUUAAAAUAUCUAAUUUAAAUUGUCGAAAGGAACAAUGAGCAAGCGCCGUUGUGAUUUAUGUGAUCGUUUAGGAAAUCUCUUUCUUACUCUUAGUAGUUGUAGUAGUACGAAACACGAGUCUCUUUAUACAUAUAUACGUAAGUAGUGGGUGGAAUGCGCAGGAUCCAUCCGGACAAGGUGGAAAUUGUUUCCGUUUUGGAAAGUUUCGCCCCCCGCUGUAGACGACCAUGUCCAACAAAUCGGAAAACUGUUCGAUGUUCGAUUCAAACCUCACGCACGUUUCUCAAGCCGGUUCAGCUUGAAGCGAAUUGAGAUUUUUUACUAACUUUAGCUAUACCUAACAGUACACACGUACCACACCUCGCAUGUGUGCAAUCGAAAUCGAUGAAUGGAAACUUUAUCCCACGCGAACCACGUGGUCAAUCUCACGGUGAGAUAGAGAUCACCUCUUUUCAUUGAACAACAUAAGUAUAAAUUGUUGAAUCGAAAACAUAACCGGCGGUCUGAGAUGAGGAGGGGAAUAAUGUUCUCACCCGUUGGGAAACGGUGUCUCGUUGGACACUUGAACAAGACAGCGAACUCGAAAGUAGUAUUAGUCAUUGUUUUGUUUUUCUUUUUUUCUGCUAGGGAAACAAAAAGCGCCAGCCAUUUGAUUGGUGCAGCAAUAAAUCAGACAUGUAGGGGUACGUAAAGCAAACUACUCAUGGUUGUAAAACGUCUAGUGUUAAGUUUAAGUAUUUAUUAUUACACGUUGUGAUCGUUCAGGA